AUGCAACUGCAGAACUUUCUGCAGAAAAAAACUGUGCCAGGCUCCAAGGUCAUUCCCCUCAUUCGCAUGUUGAGGCAUGCAAUAGCUACAAAGCAGCAAGUGGUGACUGAUGAGAAGGCAGCACAGCUCUGCAACAACCUCAACACACUUAUGACUGAGAGGUUGGCUCAUUAUGAAACUGCAAGCCAAAUGACCCUUGCCACUCUCCUGGAUCCAAGAUUUAAAACCAUUGGGUUUUGCAAUCCAUCCAAUGCUCAGAAUGCCAUCAAAAGGCUUACAGCUGAGUGUGCAACAAAAGUAAGGGAAACAGCAUCUGACCCCAUACCAGAGCAAGGGGAAUCCUCUACAGCAGCUGCAGACACUUCAGGGACAGGACUGUGGGAUCUUCUUGACCUACGGGUAAUGGAAACAAGAAAGGUGAAGAGUGCAACUGCCAAUGCCACCAUUGAGGUUCAGCGCUACCUGAGUGAACCCAACAUACCCCGCUCUGAAAAUCCACUUCAGUUUUGGCAACAGCACAAGCACAUUUACCCCCAUUUAUACAUGCUGGCCGUGAGCUUUUUUUGUUCUCCUGCCUCUUCUGUGCCCUGUGAACGGGUAUUUUCUAAAGCUGGCAAAGUGGUCAGCAAGAAAAGAAAUGGGCUCAGCCCCAGCACUGUGGAGAAAAUCCUGUUCCUAAAUAAAAAUCAAUCCACAUAA